GCCCUUUCACCAAAUGAUCAGCAUUUUAUACUGUAAUUGAGAGUUGUGGAUCUUUUAGAUGAGACCUUAAAAACUGAUGCCCCAUGUCACGUCGGGCAUGAACAUGAUAAAGGACACUCACUACUAUAACCCUGAGUCUAAAUUAAUGGCACCUCACUUACAGCUGGUGAUGUUUCAACAUGAGAGAAAAAUUCUCAAAGGAAUAUAAAAAAGAAACAAGUUCCUAUUUGUUUUCAAGGACACUUAUCUGAAAACUGCAAACAGUGUAACUGGACAGAGUCCCAGACAUGGCUGACAUUUGGGAGAGGAUCUGCAGACCUCAUAGAAACACAUCAUUCUGGGCUGGACAAGACUUUGGAUUCUGCUUUGAGGAGUUGGCAGUCAUUUUCCCUCCCCAUCUCUUGCUGUUGGCAGUCAGUGUCUAUCAUUUAGCAAGCGCCAGGAGAGUAGGAGUCAACAGUUCCACAUAUCAUCUCCCUGCACUGUUAAAGCUUAGGCUGUUAUGUGCAGUAUGCCUAACGCUGACGGCAGUUGCUGCUCCACUUUUUACAAAAACAUUAUCAGGAUUUUCACUUAGUGCUGUGGACAUAGUUACAUCUGCUGUUGUUGCUAUUUGUUGGAUCAUUCAUUCCUUUUAUAUUUGGAAGUUAAAGUAUUUAGUAUGGGGGACUUAUAGAGGACCUUUAUUAAAUAUUUUGUCUUACAUUUUAACUUUUAUAGCUGCUUGUUUUUUGUUGCAUACUGCCAUUUUAUAUUGGAUCCAUAGACUAGGAGGUUUUAAUAAGUAUUUUUGUGUGUGCACUUUUGUAAAUUUUGGUUUACAUUGUGUGUAUGUAUUAUCACUGCUACCAAAUACUCAAAGAGGGAUCAAUGUGCAAUUGCUUAGUCAUAGUUUAAACAUAAACACAGAAGAAGAACCACUAUCAAAUAGUUCCAGGACAAGUUAUGGUGCUGUUAGACAGGAUCGUUGUCUCUUAGUUGGAGAGGAUAACAAAUCGUGGCUGUCAAGGAUAACAUUUAACUGGGUUAACCCAUUAAUGGUGAAGGGAGCUAAACAGGACAUAUCAACUGUUGAUGAUCUCUUCAAAUUACCUACAAGACUGAAUACCAAUAGGAUAGAGAACAAAUUUAGCCUAUCUAUAGAUUCUAAAACUAAUUCAGUCAUCUCAGAACAGAAUGAAGAUAGCUUACGGAGGAAUUCUUUUGAAAAGAAUAGUAUAAUUCCAGAAGCGAAAAUAAAAUCACAAAGUACCAAAAGAUCUUUAUUAAAAGCAUUGAAUAGUACAUUUGGAUGGGAAUACUAUUCUCUUGGAAUUUUAAAGCUGAUGGCUGAUCUUGCUGGAUUUGCAGGCCCUCUACUUCUCAACCUUUUGGUAUCCUAUGUAGAAAAUAAAAAUGAACCGGAGGUACACGGAGUGUACUAUGCGAUAGGACUCCUUGUCUCAACCUUUGUCGGAUCUUUGUGUUCUACCCAGUUUGACUACAACAUGCAGGUGGUUGGACUGAAAAUCAGAUGCUCUGUAAUAACAACUGUUUAUAAGAAAGCUUUAAGAGUCAGCAGUGUGUCCUCAUCAAAAUUCAGUACUGGAGAAAUUGUCAAUUUCAUGAGUACUGAUACAGACAGAGUGGUGAAUUUCUGUCCCAGUUUUCAUGCAUUUUGGAGCCUCCCAUUUCAAGUGGGUGUGUCUCUCUAUCUGCUCCACAGUCAAGUUGGGUUGGCAUUUUUAGCAGGUCUGGGGUUUGCUAUUCUUUUGAUUCCUGUUAAUAAAUGGCUGGCCAGCAAAAUAGGGCAGCUUAGUACAGAGAUGAUGCACCAGAAGGAUGCUAGGGUCAAGAUGAUGACAGAAAUUCUCAGAGGAAUCCGUGUUAUCAAAUUCUAUGCUUGGGAGGAUACAUUUCAAACAAAAAUUGAGAAGUUACGGAGUGCUGAGUUAAAAAGUUUGAAAGGACGGAAGUAUCUGGAUGCGAUGUGUGUUUAUUUCUGGGCCACUACACCAGUGUUAAUAUCAAUCCUGACAUUCACCACGUACUCUUUACUAGGACACACUCUCACUGCGGCAAAGGUGUUUACCAGUUUGUCCCUGUUUUUGAUGUUGAUCAGCCCUCUGAAUGCCUUCCCCUGGGUCCUGAAUGGUCUGAUGGAAGCAUGGGUCUCUCUGAACAGACUACAGUCCUUUGUGUCUCUCUCCAAUUUUGAUCUUCACACAUAUUACUCACAGGUAUAUGGCUCGCAUAUUGAUGAAGCGGUGCUCUCGAUCACAGAUGGAAGGUUCUCUUGGCAAGAAGAAUCAUACAAACAGCACUCUACGAGUUUAUCUGAGGACCAAUGUGAAGAUCAAAAUGAUUGUGAAGGAGCUUUACUUCUUAAAGAUAUAAAUCUUCAUAUAGAAAAAGGACAGUUUGUAGGAGUGGUUGGAAAAGUAGGUUCUGGGAAGAGCUCCUUGCUGAAUGCCAUUCUGGCAGAAAUGCACAGAGUGGGAGGCCAGAUCAGUAUUGGGAAUCAGGAAGAAGGGUUUGCCCUGGUAAGUCAGGAGGGCUGGAUUCAACAGUGUACCAUUAGAGACAACAUUCUGUUUGGAAGGCAGUAUGACCACAGGAGGUAUGAGAAGGUAUUGGAGGCUGCAGCACUAUCUCAGGAUCUAGCGGUCUUCUCAGCUGGAGAUAAAACAAUGGUGGGAGAAAAUGGUGUGACUUUAAGUGGAGGGCAAAAAGCCAGAGUGGCCUUGGCAAGAGCUCUUUACCAGGAUAAAGGUGUGUAUUUACUGGAUGACCCUUUGGCAGCGGUAGAUGCUUAUGUUGCUCAGCAAUUGUAUGACAAAUGCAUCAUGGGAAUGUUAAGGAAGAGGACUAGAAUCCUUUGCACUCAUCAUGUCAAAUUCCUUGCAUCAGCUGAUGUGGUUGUCGUUAUGGAAGAUGGAAGGAUUUCUAGAAUUGGAAACCCUUCAGAAGUGCUAGACCUUGACUCCCUGAAGGAAAACCAGAGGGAGACUCAGAUGGUAGAAGAGGAGGUAGACUUAAGUAAUGUGGAAGAUGGUGAAAUGGAAUCUGAACAGGUGGAAGAAGAGGGCAUGGAGAAAGGGGUCCUACAUCUGUCAGUGUACAGGGCUUACUGGUCAGCUGUAGGAGUGUGUCUGGCUCCCAGCAUUCUCACAGCUUUGUUUCUAAUGCAAGCAUCAAGAAAUGUGAAUGACUGGUGGCUGUCAUACUGGGUUUCUCACACACACGACUCCAGCAGCAGCAAUCACAGCAGCGAUAACCACACUGGAAACACUACUUCAGACUCGGAUGACAUCGAGUUCUAUCUUACAGUGUAUGGGGCCUUGGCUGGGGCAAAUUCCUUGUUUACCUUGAUAAGGGCUUUCCUAUUUGCUUAUGGAGGGAUUCGUGCUGCACAGUUUCUGCAUAUACGACUUCUGUCGGUGAUAUUAAAGGCUCCUGUCUCAUUUUUUGAUGCUAAUCCAAUGGGACGAAUCAUCAACAGGUUUUCUUCUGAUCUGUAUGCAAUAGAUGAUUCACUGCCAUUCAUACUCAACAUAUUCCUGGCCCAGCUGUAUGGAAUUCUGGGUACAAUUGUUGUCAUUUGUUAUGGACUACCAUGGUUCACGCUUCUUCUGUUACCACUGGGAUUUGUUUAUUAUAAAAUUCAGCAUUUUUACCGUCACACCUCCAGAGAGGUCAAGCGGAUAUCCAGUGUUUCCCUGUCUCCAGUGUAUGCUCAUUUCUCAGAAACAGUCACUGGGCUUACAACGAUCAGAGCAUUCAGGGAAUCAGACAGAUUCAGAAAAGAAAACCUGGAAAAGUUAGAUCUUAACCUUAGAGCCCAGUACAGUGGACAAGCAGUAGCCAGCUGGCUAGGGUUUAGACUCCAGAUGAUGGGAGUUGUCAUGGUGACAGGCAUUGCAUUUAUUUCUGUUCUACAGCACCACUUUCAGACAGUGAAUGCAGGAUUAGUUGGCUUGGCUUUAUCUUACGCACUUUCUGUGACCAACCUUCUGAGUGGGGUGGUUAGCUCUUUCACGGAGACUGAAAAACAGCUGGUUAGCGUAGAGAGAACACAGCAGUACCUCAACAUUCCACCUGAAAAUCUACAAGGAUCACUGCUGGUCUCUCCAUCUUGGCCUACCAUGGGAGUGGUUUCCUUCAAAAAUGUUUACCUGAGAUACAGAGCAGACCUGACUGAUGCUCUAUGUGAAGUCACCUUCUGUACACAACCCAAUGAGAAAGUGGGCAUUGUGGGCAGAACUGGGUCAGGCAAGUCCAGUCUGUUCCAGGCUCUGUUCAGAAUGGUAGAGAUACACCAGGGAGAUAUCAAAGUAGAUGGCAUGAGCAUCAGAUAUCUUGAUCUCAAGGAAAUAAGGAGUCGAUUUGCUGUGAUUCCACAAGAUCCAUUUCUAUUCAGUGGAUCUGUAAGAGAAAACCUAGAUCCAUCUAAUGUUUAUGGAGAUGAAGAAAUCUGGAAUUCCCUCAAUAGAUGUCACCUUGUGUCGGCUGUGGAGAAACUGGGAGGUCUACAGGCUGAUGUCGGGGAGAGGGGGAGAAUGUUCUCUGUGGGGCAGAAACAACUUUUGUGCCUAGCCAGGGCCAUUUUAACUAAAACUAAGGUACUGUGUAUUGAUGAAGCCACAGCAAGUGUCGAUAUGAGAACAGACUCUUUAAUUCAGAAAACCAUUCGGGAGGAAUUCAAAAACAGUACAGUUCUUACAAUAGCUCACAGAAUAGACACCAUUAUGGACAGUGACCGUGUAGUAGUCAUGAGGGAUGGAAAAGUUGCAGAAUUCAAAACACCAUCAGUCCUUUUGAAGGAUCCACACUCUCUUUUCUCAAAAUUGGUUUCUGGUAACUUGUGAGGAAUUUUUUCUGUUACAUAUCAUGUAGUUGGAAGAACAAAGGUUUUAAUUUUUUUUUUCAUUUGCUUUCCCUUUAUGAUCAACGAAUGAUACUGCAUUUUACACCAUUUCUUUCUUUCACAAGUUGAUCAAUUUGCAUGUUUUAGAAAUGUUCACAUUCAACAUACAGCAUUCACCCAUGGAAAAAAAUUGUUGCUUUGAAACUAUCGGUAGAUUUAAUGGGUACAUACAUUGUAUGUAAUGUUGUGGUAAAGUGCAUUUUUCCAUACCUACUAAUGUUAUGGGUGUUUAACACCACCGUUACUCUUUACAGUGAGAUUGUAAAGUUUGUACAAUUAUACUGGUGAUCUCUAAUAUAGCAAUGACUGUGAUACUUUUUACAGGAAUGGUGCAAUAUAUUAGUGUGUGUACCCCUUUCUAAAAUAACAUUUUAUGUACAUGAACAAACAUUUUUCUGUAAUAAUUCAUGUAUUCUCCAUAUUUUCUCUGACAUUUGACGUAUUGCUAGGUGUUAGUGGUGGUAUGUACAUUGUACAUGUAAUUAACAUCAUCUGACAUGUUUGCUUUGCUUUUUUUCCCCCCACAUUUGUCUUGUAUUCGACAUUUGAAUAGAUUAAAACUUCAACUUUGAAAAGCA